AUGGAAUCCACACCCGUGUCGGAAUCGCAGAGAUGGAAUCAAGUGCGUCGCAACGAAGUCUCAUUGUACGUAACGCAGCAACAGUCAGUGAGGUCCCCUUCAAGGUUCACACAUGCCUCAUCAAAACGUGUAGAAACAUCGGAACAAACAAAUCGAUGUGCUGCUCUCAAAGAAGAAUCCGUUAUCGAGCCCUGCCGUUCUUGUUCUUCCGGUUUGGGUUAUGCUGGUUCCUCUGGUAAUAUGUUUUUUUCCGUGCCGGACUACGGCGGAACGUCAAAUACCGUGUCCGCAAUGGUGAGUAUACAUCAAUUGUUGGAUGUGCCCAAUGAUUCUCACAAUGGAAGCACCAGUGGAGUUGAUUUGAACGCUUCUUCGUGCAAUUCGUUGCUCCCGGCCAAGUUUGUGGAAGCUCUUGAAGCUGAGUUGAUUCAUUAUUUCCAACCAAAAGAAUCAUCCAGUGACAGUAACACAACUGAUUUGGUCGCGGAACUCGGUGAUUGUCGUGUUCCUGAACGAGUACUGAGUUCGUCUAUCCGGACUGUUCAACCAAACAACCUGUCACAUGUCGCUGUUCAGAAACAAUUUAAUGCAAGGUCGUCGGUGGUCGCUACUACAUCAGCAUCGAAUUCAUCUAUGGAGCAAUAUCUGGAGUUUCCCCCUAAACGUGUAUUGCGAAAGGCUAUUCGACAGUUGAUUCACCGUGUUACUCAGGCUGUAGCUGCUGCCCGUGCUGUCGGUGCUCAUGUGGCCAGUCGAAGUUCGUCCAGCUCGGAUGAUGAGUCAAUGAGAACACAAAACUCCCGGUACCGCUUCGUCAAAGAUCACUUACACAAACUGGGUCAUGCUAGGACCUGUGCAGACACGAUUCCUGAUGCCGCGUCAUCCUCUGAUAAAGUGAGUUGA